GCUACGGAAAUCUGGGUGUUUUCCUGCAAUGCACAGCGUUCUCCCACCUGUGAUGCUGGAGCAGAUUGGAUGGAUUGGUCAUAUGGUCGGAGAUCACGUGCAGGAGGCAGCUUCAGUGCAAAAGAAAAUGGGGUUUUGUGUAAAUCUAGGGGUUUAAUGUUAUCAUAUAUCAAGCUACCUCGUAAAAACCGACACUGAAGCCUACCGGACAACAAAUCACAGGUCAAAAAUAUGACUUCUUCAUAUUAUAUGAAUGCUCUUUUCAGCAAAUAUACGGCCGCUUCUUCUCUCUUCCAAAACACAGACUCAACCUCUUGUUCCUUUGCCACCAACUCUCAGAGAGGCAGUUAUGGAGCCGGUGCUGGGGCUUUUUCUUCCUCCAUGCCUGGCUUGUACAAUGUGAACAGCACCUUGUAUCAGAGCCCGUUCUCUGGAUAUAGUCUGGGUUCUGAUCCAUAUAACCUGCACUGUUCUACGUUCGAUCAGAACAUCCCUUUGCUCUGCAGUGACCUGACCAAAGCAGCCUGUGACAAGGUGGACGAAUCAACCCUGCACUCCCAGGCAGACAGUAAUUUCCGCAUUUACCCCUGGAUGAGAUCUUCAGGUACGGGAGCUGACAGGAAACGCGGCCGCCAAACUUACACCCGUUACCAGACCCUAGAAUUGGAGAAAGAAUUUCACUUUAACCGCUACCUAACAAGAAGGAGAAGAAUUGAAAUCGCCCAUGCUUUGUGUCUGACAGAGAGGCAGAUAAAAAUUUGGUUUCAAAAUAGGAGAAUGAAAUGGAAGAAAGAACACAAAGAGGACACUGGCACGUCCCCAGAAAAUGGAGAAGAAGCAACACCAACAGCUACACCUACAAUGACUUCUCCAGACAAGGAUGAAGAGGACAAAUAAACUUCGAUGAUCAUACGUUCAGUAUUUGCACGUUUCUGUGAAAGAUAUUUUGAAAUCAUUUGUCUAUAUUGGUAUUUUUGUUGUUCUUGAAAAGGUAGAUGGUGAGGCAAAGCAGGCCACAGAAAACCAGGGAGGAUUCAGCUCCAUCACAUGUGGGAUAGUCUAUUAAAUAAAAAAAAUAAAAAAUGUCAGUGUAUUCGUAUGCAAUAUACAUUUGUAAUAGACAGUCACCCACUACAACUCCACAAAAUAAACUACCUAUGUUCACUAAUAUUGUACAGGCAAAAGUGCAUUAGACGCAUACUACCUAACCUAAAUAUCAGCUUUAUUAACAGUGCCAACAAAACUGUAACACGUAAGAAUACAAGGGUAUUGUACACAUAAAAUAAGACAACCACUAAAUGUAUUCACGACUUUAUACUACCUAUUACAACUACCUAUUUCUCUAGAGCUGUGAUGCUUUUGCUACAUACUAGACUUUUAUUUUAAUAGUGCAAAAUGCAUAAAAAUGUGAAUUGUGUGUGCCCUUUUUGUUUUUUUUUAAAGAGAGACUGUUCAAACAACCCACCGAUAUUGUAAGGUUCAUUGUAAAAUUGUACGUGUACAUUUUCUCCUGUCCACAAUCUUCUACCAUAAAGUUAAAUUCCUAAAUUUUCUUAAUUUUGAGUUGAUAAGUGAAUGGUGACGUGGUCAGGUUAUUUGUUUUCCAAGUUAUCGUAUUUGUAUAUACUCGUUAAAUUGGAAUUGUAUUAAUUAUUAAUUUUUUAAGCAGUUUCAGACAAUUGUCGCACUUUGUUAUCCUUGUAAUGAUAUAGCAUGAAAUAAUAUAAAAAAAAAUAUAUUAAAAAUUCAAAUGGUGUUUGUUUAUUGUUAAUGUGUUAGAUGUGGUUUCGGAGUUUUAAAAAAUAUACAUAUGUUAAACAAUAAAAUCAUCUCUGUUACGGUAAUUUGUAUGAUAUAUAUUUUUUGUUACAGGUAAUAAAAUCAACAGUGUUUUGUC